AUGUCUGGAGGCAUCGAAGACUCAGUGAGGUCCCCUAAAUUUAUAACUGAUACUGCAGGGGGAAGGGAUGCGUCGAUGGCAGACGGAUUGACCGACCCUACGCAUUCACCGGCCUUUCAGCACGCCACUCAGAAUACGGCGUCAUCUCCACGUCCUACGCGUGUGGGAACUCCAGUAAGACAUGCCCCCGGAUCAGCAGCCAACGGCGAGCGCAAUGAGACGGGCAGUCGCGCAGCAUCUGGCCACCCAGAAAUAGCUUUCACGAUACCUAACGAAGUUCCGCCUAAUGGUGCACCAGUCCGUCAAUACAUCAACAUGAAGCUGACGGGACCUCUAUUGGAGGGUAUGAAGAUGAUUGCAAAGGAACAGUGA